GAUGCUCAUUGAUUUAGUGCACUUUUAAGAACUGGAACACUGAAUUCCUUUACAGUUCGAAAAAUGUAUUUUCUCGCACUCUUUAUGUUUAGGCUCACGACACGCCAUUGGAAAACUGACAAAACAUAAUGAGCCAAUAUUAAAAGAAAUAAAAAUAUGUUACAUAUUCCAAGAAAAUAUACCCAUUUCACAUUCAACUCCAACGAAUGACUAUAUUACUUCUCUGUUUAUUAAUUUACUGAGUCUGAGAGGCGCAACCUAAAUCAGCACGGGGCCGGCUAACAUAAACGUUUAACUACCGCCACACUAUCGUAAACUGACCCGUGUGUCGUACAGUGUAAAUAAUUUACAACAGUGUAUUACUUAGCAUAAGUCUCUCAGGGGCUGGGCGGCUGUUCUUUUUUCAGGAUGUCUUUGGACAGUCAAGGCUCAGAGAGUAUCUAGUUUGGAGACCAAAUGAUUGUAUUUCUUUUAUUUGUGGAUGGUGAUGUCUUCUUGUCCUCAUCAGACUCCAUCUUUUGGCAUGAAUUUGAGCAAUGUUCAGUAGAGUGUGAUGUAAUAUGGAUCAGAAUUGACAAGAAACAUGGGCUAUGAUAUAGAGCGCUUUGUUGGCUAUGUGAAUGAGGGACUUCUGUGCUGUAUUUGUCGAGAUGUGCUGGAAAACCCACUUCAGGCACCUUGUGAACAUGCCUUCUGCAGUACUUGCAUCCAUGGCUGGUUGGUGCAUCACCAUAACUGUCCUGAAGACAGACAAUCACUUGAUGUUUCAGUGUUGCGGCCUUUAUUCAGGUAUAUGAAGAAUGAUUUGAAUCGAUUGCAGAUCCGAUGCAGAAACAGAGAACAUGGCUGUGAUAUGGUGUGUUCACUUGAAUCUGUAGAUCGGCAUGAGCGGGAGUGUGAAUAUAGCCAGAUUCCUUGCAUCAAUGCCAGUUGCCCAAUUUUGGUAGAGCGACGUAACCUGGAAGCACAUCUAGCAGUUUGUGAGUACAGGAGUCGAGAGUGCCCAAAUGGCUGUGGUUACAUUAUUUUGAGUGCAGACGAUGCACAGCAUAACUGCAUAGCAGAACUGAGGACUGAGCUAGAACUGCUGCGGUCAGAGAUGAUUUGCAAAGUGGAAGAAGUAAAGCAUGAAAUGGAGUCCAGACUAGACUCUCAGAGACGUCACAUGGUACAGAAGGAGAGUCUGCUAAAAAAUGAAGUUGAAGAACUGAAGAGCCAGAUGUCUCGAGUUAUGUCUGAUAUCCGCACCUUACUGGCUGCAGAGAGACUGCAUCGACAGGAGCUGGAACAGGCAGAACUGGAAAAGAGAGAACUGAUGGAGUUGCUACAAAGCUUUCAAAGAGAUAUCCGUAUGGAAGGUGGUGGACGGAAAGCAGUGGGUUCCCGGACCCUAACUCGCCUAGACAGUAUGAAAAGAAAACCUAGGGAGGUUACUGUCAUCUAAAUUCAUGUAAAUUUUAUGUUAACUAGAAGCUCUGUUCUAUUGUAAACAUUAAAAAUGUGUUUGUUUUAUA